GAAGACAAAAUAUUUGCCAACAAAUCGGAUCUCUGUUCCUUUCACACAAAUAAAAAUUCAACUAUUACUAUCUACAUGUCUUUGACAAUAAAUGCAGAAUAUUAAACACAAUUAACUGAUCGAUGAUCACUUUGUGCCACCAGUGACUUAUGCCGUGAUGGGUCUGGUAAUAUAUAUUCACGUGAGAUUGUAAUAUCAUAAAAACUAAGCUAAACACUGAUAAUUUACUCAUGCCUCAGCAUGCUGUCGGUAAAUAAUCAGAGACGUCCUUCAGUUGGCACUAAUGUGACUUCUAGUAUGGGCGUAAGAAGGCCUUCAGACGGAAAUGUUCAACCUAUAAUAAAUAAUAUGAACGACUCAACGUCUAAUAAUGGUCAAAAAAAAAAUCCUACUUCUCCUAUUUUAACCGGAAAACCUUCAAAUGGUCAUUUCCCUAUUACUGAACCACGUUCACGUUCAUCUUCGGUGUCUAGUAUGCAUUCUUCUGGUAGUUAUUUGCUACAAGAUAUGCCUGGAGUUUACAGUCAGUUAGGACUUUUGCCAACUUCCUCUUUACAGCGACAAAAUAUUUUCCCUGCUGAAAUUGACACAGAUCUAAUAACAAAUGAGGCUACUUCCUCAGGACGACAUCAUUCUCCACCUUCCCCCGUGAGCGCAAAUGCUGACGGGUCUAAUGUUAGCAGUCCAACUAGUGCAGCUGCCUCAUUAACUCGCAGAGACCACAUAACCGGCCAUACUCAUGAUCGAAGUAGAUCCGCUUCCUUUGAUGGAGAAAUUGAACCUUCCGCAUGGACAUUGGAUAGAGUUCUAGAAUGGCUUGAUGAUAACUCUUUUAGUGAAUAUAAAACAAUGUUUAUUGAGAAUAAUUUGUGUGGAGAACAAUUUUUUGCUCUUGAAAGAUUGGUGAUGUAAGGCCAAAGCGACAAUCAUUUUCUAAUAAGGGUAAUCAACCUGAUGUACAAAGUCCGCAUUCAGGAGGCCAAUUAUCAUUAUCCAAUUCUAUUAAUGAACAAAAUUCUCCGACAACUCCAACUAUUCAGUCAGUGCCUUCACCAACAGAACAAAUAUCGAAACAAAAAUCUUUAAAAU